CCUAACCAUAUCGAUUUCCUACAUUAGAGGAGGCAUAAGAAUCGAAAAGUCAUUUUAACUCACAUAUAUCCUUCUGGAUCUCACUUUUGUUAUUCAUUAGCUUGAGGGUUCUCCCGGACGUGAGUUUCGCUUAGCAGAUGAAGAAGCAAUGAAGUGUGACCUUGAAGAUGAAGAAGCAAUGAAGUGUGACCGCAAGGUUAUCCGGGAGUUUCUUGAAGAAGGAAUGAAGUAUGACCUCAAGGUUAUAGAGGAUGAUCGCCUACAACAAGUUGCUAAUGAGCUUGACGUCACUGCCGGAUAUGAGUUUCAUAUAGCAGAUGGAGAAGAGCAUGAUUACAGACCAGAAGUUCUCGUAUCGAUAGGUAUAUCACCCUGGGAAUGGGCAAAGCUGAAGGCUUCAAGACAUUUGUAUGAAGUGACGUCUCAGGACGAGGUGGACCGUUUUUAUCAAGAAAUGAGCAAGGAAGUGGAGACACUUCUUCAUGAGCGAGAUCAGAGUAUGCUACCUGAGGAACUCUCCAGGAGCGUAGUGGUCACGUGUGUGUCCGAUGGUGGGACAUGCGACGUGUUCGUGCUCCAGACGAAACAGAGGUCUCAAGAAUCAUGUAGAGAAAUAGAAGUAAAAUCCAUGAUGACUUAUGUGCUACCACAGGUGGUAUCUGUGCGGCACCCUGGUAAUCCGCAUGAAGGACUGACGUUGCACCGGAAUUAUAAGGUUGUUAAUAAGCUUGAGGUCUCUCCCGGACAGGAGUCUCGUGUAGCAUUUAAAGAAGCAAUGAAGUAUGGUGGCAAGGUUACCCUCCUAAGGACGUGGGUAAUGCAACCCUGGGAAAAGAUAAUGUUCAUUGUUGCAUCACUUUUGUGUUUCAAGGAAUUGUUAUUUCUGGAAGUUCCUUCGAAAAAGCUGGCCAUUUCUACCGUUAGAAUGCUCUCGGCAUUGUGUGUCGCAGUUUCUGGGGUGGUCACCCUGUCCGGUAUCUACUUUGGAUGGAAGAUCCGUUGGAUAACCUUUGGGGACUGAUUUACAUGUGACAACAUAAUUUACAUGGAUAUAGCACAAUGGAAAUUGCGUAUAAUCAAUCUUUUUUAGUGAUUUUUAUUCGUGGCGCAUGUAAUUUUCGUAACAAGUUGUAAAGCUUCUGUUACUCAAGGUAGAUUGUUGCAUGUCACA